GUUGCUGUGGGGGGCGCACUGCUCUGCUGGAAGUUGCAUGGCAAGAAGGUGAAGUCAAUUGAGCUGGGAGAAGGAUGGUGGGGCCCAGGGGAAAGGCCCCAUUUACUGAGUGAGGACACCAGCAUUAGACCGUUCAUCAUCGAGGCCUCCGAAGCUGAUAUUGAGGACCUUCACGAACGUCUGGAUCGCACGCGGUUCUUUUCACCUCUGGAGGACUCCAGAUUUCACUAUGGUUUCAACUCCACCCAUCUGAAGAAAGUCAUUUCAUACUGGAGGAAUGAGUUCAACUGGAAGAAGCAAGUGAAAAUCCUCAACAGAUAUCCUCAUUAUAAGACCACUAUUGAAGGUCUGGAGGUGCACUUUAUCCAUGUGAAGCCCCCACAGUUGUCCUCCAGGCAGAAAGUUCGUCCCUUGCUGAUGGUCCAUGGCUGGCCAGGAUCCAUAUAUGAAUUUUAUAACAUAAUUCCGCUCCUCACAGACCCAAGCAAGCAUGGCCUGGACCCCAAUGUUGUCUUUGAGGUCAUCUGUCCAUCCAUCCCAGGGUAUGGCUUCUCAGAGGCAUCACACAAGAAAGGAUUCACGGCCUUUGCUGCGGCCCGGAUAUUCUACAAAUUGAUGCUUCGACUGGGAUUUAAACAGUUUUACCUGCAGGGUGGAGAUUGGGGCAGCAGAAUCACCACUCUCCUAUCUCAGAUGAAGCCAGAGUCAGUGAAAGGCCUACACCUCAAUUUUUUGAUUCUCCCAUCUGGACUAGGGAGGCUGAAAUCCCUGAUAAUUGGCCGAUUUGCUCCCUGGUUGGUGGGUCUGACACGGGAAGAUGCCAAGCGUAUAUAUCCGUACAUGGAGAAGAAUGUGUUCGCCAUUCUCCUGGAGAGUGGGUACCUCCACAUACAGGCCACCAAACCAGACACCAUUGGUUCCGCUCUGAAUGACUCCCCAGCUGGACUUGUGGCCUACAUUCUGGAGAAAUUUUCUACUUGGACAAACACAGAGUUCCGUGAUCUAGAAGAUGGUGGCCUGAACCGGAAAUUCUCUCUUGAUGAUCUUCUGACCAAUGUGAUGAUCUACUGGAUCACUGGAUCAAUCGCAUCUUCUAUGAGGUUCUACAAGGAAAAUUUCCCAAGAAAUUAUAACAGUACCCCAGACACCAAAAUCGGGGUGUAUGUGCCUACUGGUGUCGCUGCUUUCCCCUGUGAGCUGGUCCACUCCCCUCAGGUUUGGGCAAAGGAGAAGUUCCGGAACAUUGUCACCUACACAUUUAUGCCCCGCGGAGGGCACUUUGCUGCCUUUGAGGAGCCAGAACUUCUCGCCCGCGAUGUCCAGAAAUUUGUGUUGAAAGUGGAGAAGCUGUAA